UCCAUGGCUUCUGCCGCAACUUGCACCGUCACUUCUUCUGACACCGAGCCCACAGAGUUUAUUUUACCUGACUUCUUCAGCAAUUGCCCUACCCCAUGCGACUAAACCCUCACUGUGAUCAGGUAUCUCGCGCUUGUGCACAAUGGCUUGCUAGCGAAGGCCAUCUAGUAGAGCCCGAUGUUACAAAAUAUACUACGAUAUUGCGCCCAGGUUACUUCGUUUCAUCUUGUUACCCUGAUGCGGAUGCUUUCCAUCUACAAGUCUGCGCGGACUUCCUGGGCUGGUCAUGGAAAUUGGAUGACUGGCUCGAGAUCGAAAGGUUGCUCCAUGUCAAUGAUGCAUGGAGAAUGCGUGACUGUUGCACAUCUGCGUACCGCGAUCCUGUCAACUUCCAGACGGAAAGACCUAGUGGAAAGAUGUGCAAAUCAUACUUCAGUCGCUUUAAGAAGACUGGCGGCCCUGGCUGCACAAAGCGCUUUAUUCAUACAAUGGACUUAUGGUUUAUCUCCGCGGCCAAGGAGGCGGAGAACCGCGUCAAGGGACAUAUCAAUGAUGUUGAAUCUUACAUCGAAUUUAGGCGCGACUUGAGCGGCUGCAAGCCUUGCUUUGCCCUUAUCGAAUUCGCCUGUCAGAUUGAUCUUCCCGACGAAGUAGUCUCGCAUCCAGUCAUCAUGACGCUGGAGGAGGCUGCCAAUGACUUCAUUUCUUGGUCAAAUGAUAUUUUCUCCUAUAACAUAGAGCAAGCUCGCAAUAGCACCCAUAAUUUAGUUGCUGUGCUCAUCGUCAAACAAGGUCUCGACCUGCAAGGUGCUAUUGACUACUCCGCCCAGCUAUGCAAUAUCUCCCUCCAACGCUUCGAAGAAAACCGUGCUGUCCUCCCCUCAUGGGGAGAAGAAGUCGACAAGGAUGUGGCUAAGUACGUCGAAGGACUGCAGAACUGGAUUACCGGUACGCUGCAGUGGUCCUUCGAGUCCGCCCGCUAUUUCGGGAAGGAUGCGCAUAUAAUCAAGCAGAACAGAAUUGUCAAGCUGGUUCCCAAGCGACCAUUGUGAAAUCCACAGCUAUUGUUGUAUGUAGGACCGUUUGACUUUGUGCC